AUGUCAGUGCGCCAUCGAGGACAUGGCAAAAAAGAUGGCCAUGAGCAUGCGAAGUCCUCUAAGCAACAAUCGCCAGGUGAUUCUAAGCAAAAGAAGAAGAAAAGCCGAGGGCCGCUUGGUAAAUUGGGCUCCAUCUUCGUCCUCCGGGGCUGGCGCUUGAGUUUGCUAAUUGGCAUCGUCUUGGGCAUUUGCGCCGCAAUCUAUUAUAUGCAGUACACAGGCAAGAUCGGUUUUGAUGAUAUUUCCCUGAACAACUUCAAAAUCUCACACAGAGAUCUUUUGCCACGCUCAAUUCUUGAGGAAUUCGAUGCAAUGACGAGCUCGAGCAGCGAGCUCAGUGACUCGUUUGAGGUCGGCGCUCACCUCGCUGGCGAAGGUUACUCUGCCAAACACCCCGUUGUUUUGGUUCCUGGUGUGAUUUCCACCAGUCUUGAGUCUUGGAGUGUUACCGGGACAGAAGAAUGCCCCUCCAAGCCUCAUUACCGUAAACGACUCUGGGGCAGUUGGUACAUGAUCCGCACAAUGUUUACAGACAAGAAAUGUUGGCUACAGCACCUCAUGCUGGACAAUGAGACUGGUCUUGACCCGCCUGGCAUCCGUCUUCGAGCUGCACAGGGAAUGGAAGCUGCCGAUUUUUUCAUGUCUGGAUUUUGGCUCUGGAGUAAAAUCAUUGAGAAUCUAAGUGCUCUCGGAUACGACACAAACAACAUGUCAGUUGCCGCAUACGACUGGAGAUUGGGAUUCCCUGAUUUAGAGCGCCGCGACCGCUAUUUCAGCAUGCUGAAACGUCAGAUCGAACUGAACUCCCUCUCGAGCGGCCAGAAAACUGUUUUAGCUGGACACUCGAUGGGCUCACAAGUUAUUUUUUAUUUUUUCAAAUGGGUAGAAGCCGAAGGCUUUGGUGAUGGCGGCAAGAGCUGGGUCAACGACCACAUCGAGGCUUUUGUCGACAUAUCGGGAUCAAUGCUUGGUACUCCCAAAGCCUCGUCUGCUCUAUUGAGUGGCGAAAUGCGUGACACUGUCCAAUUGAACUCAAUGGCUGUGUAUGGUCUUGAAAAGUUCUUUGGCCGCCACGAGCGCCGCGACCUUGCCCUGUCUUUCCCCGGUGUGGCCGCAAUGAUUCCCAAAGGCGGCGAUGCAGUCUGGGGCACUUUGGACAGUGCGCCUGAUGAUAUCCUCACCAACGGCUCGCUGCCGUCGCAUGGUAGCUACGGGAAAUUCCUACGGUUCUCGGAGACUAAAAGCGCUUUCUCAGAAAAGAACCUCACUGCUGCGGAAACUACAGAGUACUUGCUUAAUUUAGCGCCUGAGUGGUACCGAAAGCGAGCCAACAGCAUGUUCUCGCAUGGACUGGCCAAGACUAGAGCAGAAGUAACCGCCAACGAGAACGACCCGUCCAAAUGGGUCAAUCCUCUAGAAGUUGCACUGCCAAAUGCCCCAGACCUCAAGAUUUAUUGCUUCUAUGGCGUUGGUAAGCCCACGGAACGUGCGUACACUUACCAAGACUCCUCUAACGAUACCUCGACGCCUCUCAAUGUCACCAUGGAAUAUGGCAGUGAUGACAGCGUAGUUAGUGGAGAGGGAGAUGGAACGGUCUCGUUACUGACCCAUCUCAUGUGCCAUAAAUGGCAAGAGAAGGACUCUAAGUUCAACCCUGCAGGAUCCGAGGUCAAGAUUGUGGAGAUGCUGCAUCAACCAGACAAGUUUGAUCUCAGAGGAGGCGCCAAAACCGCCGAGCAUGUGGACAUCCUGGGACGUACUGAGCUCAAUGAGCUGCUGCUGCGAGUCGCUGCUGGCCAUGGAGCUGAAAUCAGCCCCAGACUCGAAAGUAACUUGACCAAAUAUGCUGAGAAAAUCGAUCUAGGAGAAUAA